AUGGCAGAUGUUUUGUUGCAGCUUUCUGAGGAUCCUAAUCUUGAGGUCAAACUCACAAGGGAUUGUGUCAAGGGGUUAAUGCAGGACCUACUAACAGGUGGCACAGACACCUCAUCAACCACAGUCGAAUGGGCAUUUCAUGAAAUUAUUAAAAACCCACACAUAAUUGAGAAGGCAACUGAAGAGCUUGAUAGAGUUAUUGGUAGAGAUAGAUGGGUGGAAGAAAAUGACUUCCUCAAAUUGCCUUAUAUAGAAGCUAUAAUCAAAGAAACCCAAAGAUUACAUCCACUUGCUACGAUGCUCGCGCCACAUUUUGCCAUUGAAGACUGUAAUGUAUCAGGUUACGAUAUCUCUAAAGGAACGACAGUCCUGAUAAACGUAUGGAGCAUAGGAAGGAACCCCAAAUAUUGGGAUGCACCGCAACAAUUCUUGCCAGAAAGGUUUUUGGACAAGAAAAUUGACAUGUUAGGACAAAAUUUUGCUCUGUUGCCAUUCGGGUCGGGUCGUCGGAGAUGUCCCGGGUACAAUUUGGGACUUAAGAUUAUUCGUUCAACGUUGGCCAACUUGUUACAUGGAUUUAACUGGAAAUUGCCUCAGAAUAUGAAGCCCAAAGAUGUAUGCUUAGAGGAGGAGGCGCCACAUGUGCGCCUUGAAGUGAUAGCUGUCACUCAAGUAAAACCCAAAAAUCUUUUUGAAUAA